AUGCUCAGCAGCAACGUCCUCGCCAUCGCGGCCGUCGGCCUCGCCAGCUUCGUCGCCGCCGGGCCUGCCGCUCGCCCUUGCGGCUUGAAGAUCGCUCCAUGCCCCCACAAGACGACCUGUGUUCCCCUCUACCCCGGCUGCACCAACCUCGACAGGUGCAGGGGAACCUGUGUUGCCAAGAAGGAUUAUUACCGUUCGGCCAAGAAGGAUUACCCUUCGUGUGGAGGGCACCGCGCGAAUCCGCCAAAGUGCCCUGCGCACUCGACAUGCAAAGACGACCCUCGCAUUCCAAACAACUGCGGCAUGGCUUGCGACCGACCCGGAAUCUGCAUUCCCAAAAAUGCCCCGUCUUGCGGUGGUUUCGCCGGCAGACCGUGCCCCAAGGGACUUCGCUGCUACGACGCGCCCAACGACGGAUGUGAUCCGAACAAGGGCGGCGCUGACUGUAUCGGCGUCUGUCUGUGA